AUGGAAGAGCAGGUCAGAAGGCUCGUGGACAAGGCAUGGGCCAAAUUCCAAUCCACCCCACCUUCCGCCCGUCUCAUGAUCGCCAUCAGCGGAAUCCCUGGCUCCGGCAAAACUUCUCUGGCAACUGUCAUGGCUGAGCGAGUAAAUCAGCUUUACUCUGCGAUUAACCCAGGCACAUCCACACCGGUUUCAACGGCAGUCUCAAUGGACGGCUACCACCUCUCCCGCGCCCAGCUUGCCGCAAUGCCAGAGCCCGCUUACGCAACCGCCAGACGGGGCGCAGCCUUCACAUUUGACCCCGUGAAAUUCCUACGAUUAGUGCGUGCGCUGCGGGAACCGCUGACUCCUGACUCGCCGACACUCUAUGCGCCAAGUUUCGACCAUGCAGUUAAAGAUCCCGUGGAAGACGAUGUGACCAUCCCCCCGACGACGCGGGUGAUAUUUUUCGAAGGGAAUUAUCUGAGUUUUGAUAAGGAGCCGUGGAAUGAGGCGGCAGGUUUGAUGGAUGAGUUGUGGUUUGUUGAGGUGGAGUUCGAGACGGCGCGGAAGAGGUUGGUUGCGAGACAUGUAAAGGCGGGGAUUGCGAGGGAUGAGGAGGAGGCGGAUCGGAGGGCUAGGGAGAAUGAUUUGGUUAAUGGCAAGGAGAUUGUGGAUUUUCGGAUGGAGGUUCAGGAGAUUAUUGUUAGUCAGGAGGAUGAGGGUUGGAAGGUCUAA